AUGGAGCAAGCAAAAACGGAAGUUGAGAAGAAAGUGUCAAGACUUCUAAAAUUCCUCCAAAACAAAAACAAGAUCCCAAGAGACUCAAAGAGAGAGCUGCUAGCGAUUGCUACCGAUCUCCAAGAGCAUUGUCAAUCCCUUUAUUCUUCCAUUGAUGAUUUUCAACAAGAUCUUGAUCCGACAAGAAGCGGUGGCAGAAGUCAAGUGCAAUCUCGCAUUGCUUCGUCGGAGGAUAUAGUGAAUCUUGUUGAGCAAGGAAGCAAGCUUGAAGCAUUGAAGAACGAGGCUGAAGAGAAAGAACAUGCACUGGCUUUACGCGUGAAGGAGCUAGAGCGAGAGCUAGGAGAGGCGAAAGCCAAGUGUGAUCGCAAGGGAGAUUUGGAAGAAGAGAUUGAGAUGAAAGCUAGCGAAAGUAAGCAGCUAGGAGAGAUGAACAAAGGGCUUAGGUCACAGAUCUCCGGCCUGAGGCUGGUUUUGAAAGAAACAGGAGAUGAGAUAUCGACACUUGUGAACAAGUUUGGGAAGAGUGAGUUAGGUUUAACGUCGAGGAUUGAAGAUUUGAAGUGCCAGUUGAGAAACUUGGAGCAGGAGAUUGGUUUUCUACGUGAGAGGAACGCGGAGUUGGCUGCCAGUUCUCAAGUUAAGAGAGUUGAGGACAAAGAACGUGUAAACGGAUUGAUGGAUCAGGUAAGUAGUUUGAAACAUGAGCUUGAAUCAUUGCGGAACGAGAAAGUCGAACAAGUUACAGAGAGGGAGAUGCAGGGGAAGAGUGUGGAACAAGAAACAGAUGAAGAGAGGAAUAAGUUGAAUGAAGAGAUUGAACACCUUAGAGAAGAAAAUAAGAAGUUGCAUACAAGAAUCAUAGAACUCGAAUCAUCACAGAUGGAGAGAGAGAUCAAGAAUACCGAUGAAAAUGAAGAUAAGAGCAAGAAACUUGACGCUGAACUUUCUCAUCAGAAGAAACUGGUCAAGGAACAAGAUGAUGUUAUUAACAGGCUGUCGGGAAAAAUCAAGGAUCAGGAAAGACUUGUGAAAGAACAGAAAGAGACCAUUGACAAGUUCUCCGAAGAUCUGAAGCAAUCAAAACGCUGGUCACUUGGUUCAAGCCGAGAUACGAAGCUGAAUCCAAAUACCAUAGAGAAGAAAAUGGAAGAAAUAGCUGAUGAUUUCCGGAUGAAGAUGGAAGACCAUAUCAGGAUACUGUACAGGAGGAUCCAUGUAGCUGAACAAAUACACUUGGAGAGCAAGAACGAAUAUAUCAAAAUACGAGACAUUGUUCAAGAAAACAAAGAAACUAGAGAAAGUUUGCUCUUUUACCAAACCCAUUUCAAAAGAAUCAAAGAAACUUGGGAAAAUGGGUAUGCAAAAUCGACCGAGAAGCUGGAGGAAGCAGAGGAACACUCUGAGAGAGUUGCUAGGUUAGCAAAAGAGAUUGAUUCAGCGAAGAUUUGGGUGUGUGAGAAGAAGAGCGAGUUAGAAACACUAGCCGCAAAGCUGGAAUGCGGAGAGGCUCAAGAGACUUUGUUGAAGGAGAAGUUAUCUAAGCUGGAGAAGAAACUUGCGGAAGAAGGAACUGAGAAACUGAGUCUAGCAAAGGUUGUGACCAAAUUUGAAGCGAGAAUCAAAGAGCUUGAGAUCAAUGUGAAGGGACGAGAAGUUGAAGUGCUGAGCUUAGGGGAAGAGAAGAGAGAAGCCAUAAGACAACUAUGUGUUCUUGUGGAUUAUCAAAGAGAUCGAUACGAUGAACUCAAGAAGUCAGUCUUGAAGGUUUCUCUUAAGACCUAAUGUUACAAUCAAAACUCAACUCUUUUGUCUUCCCUGAAUGUUUUUUUUCUUUAAGUUUUAUUUGUUGUAUCUAUUUACGUUAGAAUCAUCUCCCCAUCUUGCAAAAUGUGAAAUGUUUAUUGUAAGAUCGUGGAUCCAUUGUGUUUGACAGUUAUGUAGAACGUUUAUAUGGAUGCAUAGUAUUAAAAUUUUGU